UAGAAAUUUAGUUGCAGGAAUUAGCCUUAAUGGCCAUUUUUAAUCUUGCCUUUCGAAAUAUCUUGGAAAUGUGUUCGUUCCGAAUUGAAGAUCUUCUGUAAAUUAAUGGAAUCAUCCGAAAAUAGUACGGUGUGACCAUUUGGUGACCAAUUGAGGAGUUUCUUUAGAGGCCAGAUUGGCGCGUAAGCAACAAACGAGGCAAAUGGCGUCGGUGUGCUUAUAAAGAUCGGUAUUGCAAUCAUUUCUUUGCGGCCGUAACUAAGGUCCUAAGUAGAUUAUUCAAAAGUGUUGUAUUUGUAUUUUUUUCAAUGUUUUUGCAACAUUUAUUCAAGAACCGACGAGAUUCUUAUUUCUCAGUAAUAUGCCAAAAGCUGAAGAUAUGAACUUUGAGAAGCCCGAUUGAAACACGUCCGUUGUUUGGUCGAAUUAUACAAUAUGUCUCGACCGAAGUCAGAGCCCCUAAUUGGCAGUAAUAAGAGUUGUUGUUUUUGUGGACUUUCUGAAGACAAUGAAGUUGAAUUUGGAAGAUUUUAUGAAUAUGAAGGAAUCAUUACACAUUAUUUCUGCUUACUGCUCUCAUCGAGUAUGGAACAGAAAGGCAGUGAUGAUGAGGGUAUUUUGGGUUUUCUGCCAGCAGAUAUAAAAAACGAAUUACGUAGAGGCAAGAAACUUUCAUGUUCAUACUGUAAAAGAGUGGGCGCUACAUUAGGAUGCUGCAAUUCACGAUGUAAACGAACAUUUCAUUUUCCAUGUGGCUUAAGGGCAGGAUCCCUUCAUCAGUUCUUUGGGGAAUUUAGGUCCUAUUGUAUAAAUCACAGGCCAAAACAAAAAAUAGAUGAUCAUGUGAGAAAAGAAGUCGAAGCCCUAGGAAAGACACUUUGUUAUAUUUGUUAUGAGGAGGUCAAUCCUCAUGAUAUCGUUGGAACCAUGUGGGCUCCAUGUUGCAAAAAAAAUGCAUGGUUUCAUCGAAAAUGUGUUCAGCAACUGGCGCUGAGUGCUGGUUAUUUCUUCAAAUGUCCUCUUUGUAACAACAAAAAAGAGUUUCAAGAUGCAAUGAAGGAGUAUGGAAUUUUCAUUCCCAGCCAAGACGCAUCUUGGGAACUUGUUCCCAAUGCAUUUCAAGAAUUGCUUUAUAGGCACAACAGAUGUGAUGCCACAACGUGCCUUUGCCCCAAAGGCAGAUUGCACACCAGUAGUAACGCCAAAUGGGAAUUGACACUCUGUCGUUUAUGUGGCUCUCAGGGAAUUCACAUGGCUUGUGGUCAGUUAAAAUGGGCAAAUCCUAUUUGGGAAUGCUUAGAGUGUACAACAAUUAUAAGUAAAACAUCUACAACCUCAUCCUUGAUGCUGAACAAGCAGAAUAGCGUAGCUACGAAUGAAAAUGACGAAGAUAGUAGCGAUACCGAUGUUUCAAUUGGCGGAAAUUCUCCAAGUCCAAGUGAGACGGAUCGUGAGAAUGUGUUAUUAGAUGCACCUGCUAUCAAGAUGCGGCCUGGCCCACGAUUUUUUAAAUUACAACAGGCUGAGAGAGUUGCACAAAGUGCUCAGUUGAAUCGACAAAGUACUGCCAGUUCUGCAGCGUCUAAACAGAAGAUCUCAAGUGAGGAUUCUACCGUGCAAGUGAAAACGUCAGAAGUCAAACAAGUUAGUAGACAAGAAACCGAAGUUGCUACGAAAGAACAAGCUUCUGCCAUGAUUUCCCAAAAAAGUAUUCCUGCCUCGAGUCCAUCAAAAGCUACGGAUCAAGUUAUAAUGAUUGACAGCGACGAUGAUAUCAUUGAGAUCGUUGACGAAAACAAUGGUAUAAAAAUAUCUACCGAGAAACCAGGGACAAAAAUUGAAACGCGCAAUACUAACCAACUUGUGUCACAUUCGAGUAAACUGGAGAACACCGAAAUAGCAGGCGUUAAAAAAGUUCCUCGCACAGGACCUGUGUCUCAAAACAUUUUACAGUCUCGUGUCGUAAAGCCAACCGUUGGUGAAACGUUAACCUCGACUAUCAAAAAUAACACGGAUAAUUCAACGAUACGUGCGGAAUCUAAAAGAGAUCGGAAAAGUCACGAUCAAAGCGACGUAAAUGUAAAUAAUACGGAUUCGGUUAUGAACAUCAAGAUAACCAAUGUAACGUCUCUGUCACCAGAAGUAUUUGCAAGUGUACCAGAACAGAAUACCGUGAACGAUAACGAAGCGAUACAUUAUCCAGUGUCAAAAAGUUUUACACAAGCAGCUUUAAUCGGUACGUCAGAGUCUCAUGCGUACAUUCCGCUGGACUGUACCGCCAUACGGGAACCGACUUCAAAAAGAAAAUCCGACAAUGCGUACUCGAUGGAUGAUUCUUACUGCUUGACCAACGUCUCCGGCACGGAACACUUGAAAAAAGUGCGCAUUGACAAUGUUGACGCGAACUCGUUCAUACACAACGAAUCGAUGACGUACAAUUUGAACGUUCCUGGAUCGUUUCAGGCGAUACCGGUCAUCGUUACGUUACCAUACCCAUCGACAUCCGAUGGUUACGGUAUUCAAGGGAACAUAGUUGAAUCUCAAAACGACAUAACUAGUAGUGAGAUAAUUCUGUCACAGGUACAAAAGAGCGCACAAAUGAACAAUUUGGUUAGUCAAUACAUGCCACCGAUGCAGGGGACCAACGGUACGACUUCGCAAAUAGAUUCCUGCCCCGGCACAACGCAAUCUGUGAAUUCGGACUGUAAAUUGGAUAGUACCAAUACUAAACGACAGAAGACAUCCAAAGUACGUAAUUCCAUGGGCUGCCUUAGCGGUGGCACGGUGUACACUAACGAACAAUCUUGUGUACAGACAUUCCACAGUGGCCAAGGCAAUAAGAGUGUACACGGUUAUAUUUCGAAUAUGUGCGUCGGUACGGUGGCAACUAAAAAGAUGAGCGGCAAUACCUCGAAUAAUAAUUUCCAAGCCCAUCAAGACUUUAGAAAUAACGGAUUACCGUGCCAAAUUAAAGCCGGGUGUACAAGUGAUAAGAAUCAGUUGACAAAUGACUCCGUAUUUGCUUCUACUAACAUUCCGAACAAUAUCUAUUCUCUACCAUUGAACGGUGAAACCAAUCAUGGUGGUAACUCGACGACUGCAUCUGACGGAGGAGCUACUCAACCUAUAGUUACUGGUUGUGACGGGGAUGCAGGCACCGGUCCUACUGUUGAGCCCCGAUCUGGUGAUGCGACCAAUAUCGUUCUCCGAAGCCGGAAUAGAAGACGCACGCUAUCUUCGACAUCCUCGACGCGGCAGUCCAGUGGCUCAUCAGUUCAAUCUGCCAAACGGAACCACUUUGAGUCUCUUGCCGCUUCUUCGUCCCGUCCCGAUUCAAGUGGCGGCUCGAUGUCAAGAUCAGACUCCGGUGAUAGAAAUCGAUUGAUACCAAAGCGGGUGUGUUUGCGGGAUUUAAAAUUUCAAGUCUGCGAAUCGGAUGUCAUCAAGAUGACUCUGUAUGACUUCUACACGGUGGACUUGAACGUGAAUUCUUCCGAUACGAAGAAUACCGGGACGGCCGAGUCGUCGGGCGGUACUUCGAUUCUUCAACGAGAGCCAAACUAUUUUUCACCGGCCUUCCCCUCCAACCACGGAGGAAGCCACGUAGACGAUAGCAGUCCGAUGGACAGUUUACAGCUGAUCGAUGAUUUGCCGCAUUCGAGUAAUAAAUAUCAUGGCGGUACUUCGACGAGGAAGCAGACGAGCUCCACGGCCGAACGCGUGGACUCUAACGCGGACUUGACAAGUUCUUUUAAGAUCGGCAGCUUGGACCGAGGUUACAAAAGUUUUACGAUGGCAAACGACGUCGGUACAAAUGUUCGCGACGAGUCGAAGGAAAAUCUAGACCCAGUCGUGACGACUCCUGUCGGCGUUACCUUUGACGCGUGCCAUACUCUUGAGAAAAUCGGAACGCUACCUAGCAGCCUUUGCGACAUGGAACACUACUACGUUGCCAUGAGUCGAGCCUCGAACGAUACCGCUCCUCAUUCGUUCAACGCCAACGAUCACGUCUCGAAAGUUAUGACGGCGGAUUCCCUGAACUCCUAUGUACCGGACGAACGAGACCCCGUAGGACCGUAUCUGUGUAAUUCCUCGAGAAUCAACGAAGGCGCAAUUUCGAUGGACCGUUUUACCGGCGUCUCCAAAGGUAUAGGUCGACUUUCGGAGAUCAGUUUCAAAAAUGCGCUAGCUAGGAGAAUGUAUAACAAAUUGUUCCAUCCUGCCAACGACUGUGCGGACUACCAGUUCACAGGGAACCACGUCACUAGAAAUAGCUGGUCGUUGUCGGACAGGAAAAAAGAUAGAUUUAAAUUUUACCACAGCUUUGCGAAUACUGCCAAUGUAGAUAAGUGUAACAAGCACUCCGGUGGUGCAAAUAUCGCCAAAGAGGGGAUUCGGUGUUUUAUUAUUGACAAUGUGACCGACUCUGGCUAUGGAUCGCCUACGUAUGCCAGACCAAUGGGUUGUCAACGUUUCGAGGAGAUGAAGUUAUUUCAAGGCAAUUGCAUAACUGACGAAACAAAGACUUACAUGAAGCAGGAGUUCGAGAAGGAAAUGAAGACGGACCUUCGCUGCAAAGUCAGUAUUGAUCUGAACAGAAUUCAAACUCUCAUCGAUACCAAACCUGCUUUAUUUUUUAAGUCCAAUAACUACAGUUCCACGUUUAACGUGUAUAAUUUUAAACCGAUUUAUAAAUACGAAGUUGAUGAAAAGUUCAGUCUGUGGUGCAAAAGUGAGAUUAAGCUAUCGGUUGUAAGGUCUCGCAGUUUGGACAGUUUAACUUACGAUCGCAGCGAUAGGCGUAAAAUGAACCGCUUCUCGGACAUUCUGAGUCGUAGUAUGGAAAGCAUCGAUUACAUAUCAACCGAAGACGAUAUGUCGUUGACCGAUGAAAGAAAUUUUGUGGACGGUCAAUUAUACGACGAGAAAGAUACGGUUUAUUCGAACAAAAAAUACAGGCGAGGUCAAAAGAGAAAAACCAGAUAGAUGUCAAUGAGGGGACGAAUAAGAAAAUUGUAUGUACCUUCGCGAAAAAAAAAUAAUCAACCGGGUCACAAUUUAAGAGAACUUAUAUUACUCAUAGGUAGGUUCGAAUUCGCGACGACUUGUACAUGAAUCGAUGGCUCGAUAUCAUUUUUCCACCGUUUUGCAAAAAAUGUUUCCUAAUCAUUUGAAUUAUUGUCUGCGCAACAAACACUUAUGUUCAUAUUUACGAGUCAUUGCUACCUUUCUUGAAACGAUAAUUACAUUCGACAUUGGGAACUCAGUUGCAUUCAUAGGCCAUUUAAGUAUUUAAGUUUAAUUUACUAUUACGUUAUACAUCAAUUAAUUCUGAAAAACUUGUCCAACACAAGACUACCAUUGUUCAUCUGCCAUAUAACCAUGAAAUAAAUGUAAAUAAAACACGAAUACAAUUAACGUUAUAAACCGAGACGGAGUUCAAUCAAUUUCAGAUUCGACACAAAAGAAUACGGGAUGAGUAAGGAAUCUUGUAGAAAGUAAUAUAUUACUUAAAAAAUCAAUAUUGAUUGACGGAGCUGUAUUUAGCAGUUAUAGCGUGUAAUAACAUAUGUACAGUCUAUUUUAAUUUGUACAUACAAGGCCCUAACGUCGGUACAUUAAAUAAUG